AUGAUGGAGGAGGUGUCGGUCAUGAUGGCGUACGAUGCCCAAGUUAUGGAGCAGAUGAGUGAAGAGGAGAUCCUGGCCUGCCUGGCUGAUGAAACAGGACCUAAAUUUACAGUAAGAGUCCAUUCCUUCAACGUCAUAUCACAACACUUACUGUAAAGUUGUUUUUAGGUCACAGCAACUCGGCCUGGCUUUGUUUACCUUCAAAGAUAAUUACCUAUUGAAUUGAAAAUAUGUUAUUAAAGGGGAAGAAGUGAUUGACUCUACCAUUACACUGUUUAGUUUGCAAUGAUCACAUUGUUAUUAUUAGAAAUCAGUUGUGUUUUCUUGAAGGGUUGAAAAUCUUGUACUUGCCAAUACAAAUCCUGUUCUAACCUCUACGAGAGCGUUACACCCCACUGAGCAGUUUUUGGUCUAAACUUGGUCUAAUAGAUGUGUAAAUGUAGCCUAGACGACUGGUCUAAAAUCAGGCUAACACAGGUCUAAAAAUGAAAGUUUCUUAGACGUCUAAAUUUAUCCUAGCUGUGUUACAGAAGUCUAACUCUAUAUUGCUCAACGGCUAUCAUAAUUAUUUUGGUUUAGUACUUAGAGAUCAGUUAUGCAACUCACAGUUGCUUUUUGAAAUAAAUACCCACUGAGCAACAGACGGCUGUUAGACAUCUAGGUUUUUUUUUUUACCUAAUUUUAACCGUCUAGAUUCUGUAUAUUUUUAGACAGAAUUUAGACGUUGCACUUUAACCCAUAAUUCAAUAACUAUUUAUCUCAAAAAACAACUUUGAGUUGCAUAACUGAUCUUCAAAUACGAAACCAAAAUAAUUAUGAUAGUCGUUGAGCAAAAUACAGUGCGGUAUAGAUACAGCCCAGAUUUAGACUUGGUCCAAACUUGGUCUAAUUUUAGACUUCUAAAAAAAACAUUUUUAGACCUGUGGUAGCCUGAUUUUAGACCAGUCAUCUAAGCCACAUUUGGACGUCUAUUAGACCUCUUUUAGACCAAAACAUGCUCAGUGGGUAGUUAUCGAAUAAUGGGUUAAAGUGGAAUGUCUAAAUUACAUCUAAAAAAUGAACAGAAUCUAGACGGUUGAAAUUAGGUCUAAAAAAAAAAACUAGUCGUCUGAUAGCCGUUGAUUGCUCAGUGGGACUGAUUGCACUAACGUUAUCUCUACUUCACAAACUUUUUAUUUCAGGGUUUGAAGGAGACUUCAAAUACCCACGUUUCUUAAAAAUAUCACCAGAAACAAAUUUUUACUCCCUAAUACGAAACAUAUUUGCUUUUUAUGUACAAACCGUAGCUCAAGUCCCCUUGAGAGUCCCAAAAAAACAAGAUAAAUAACACGAAACCUCUCGUCCUGACUGACACACACAGGAGUAUUACAGACCGCACACAUUCUUCUGUGUGACAAAUGCGUGAUUCCAGAUAGAAGGAAAUGAAUUCAUAUUGCUCAUUUAACAUAUCUGAGAUAUGGGAAUUGGCAUUUCAGGCUUUAAAAGAGCCCUCCCCUCUCUGCUAUUCCCUCGUGUAUCUCAAAUUACCAUUCCCUCAUGUGUUCGGCUCUAUCUUAUCUCAUCCUUACUUCCUAUCUUGGUGUCUUUUUUUUUUUUUUGUGGGCCUGUUCUCGAUUUGUCGCACUCGCUCAGGAUCCGGCGCUAGAUCUGUUUGGGGGAGAUUGCUUUCUGCAGAGCAAUCAAAUGUGGCAUCACUAUGUUUUGUAACCCUUGACUGUCUUCCUCUUUUCUCUCCAGGUCCCGACAAAGAAGGCAAAACUGGGGGAAAGCCUGCUGCAGAUAAUGGAGGAUGAAGAAGAUCCCUUGGACAAAUACCUGGUGAGGAAUCUAUCGUUUUCCAUAAGUGCAAGUGCAUUUCUGCUACCGUAAAUAACAUGUGAAAGUGUGAAAUUUCCUUUCACCUUCAUCCCCUCUACAAUUGGCUGAUUACCUCAUUUAUAUUCUGCUGUGUGCUACAGACCCUGAUUGAUUUCUGUGUUUUGCAGAGGGAGAACCGCCAGCUCCUGCAGGCCAGCCUCCGUCUGGAGCAGGAGAACGACGACCUCGCCCACAGACUCAUCAGCAGCAAGGUCGCCCUGAGGAACGCUCUAGACAAGGUAAGAUGAGCUGCUGCCCUUCUCCAAAGGGAGUAAAUGAGUUCACUCACCUGCCCAAGGUUUUUUACCCAGAAACUCUGAGGACAAGCCUCUCAGGAGACAUCCAAAUUCAAACUGUAAUUAAAUUUUUACUUUUCCAGCAUUAAUAGAAACUCAAUCUGCAGUUCUGCAUGAACCCAGAAUGUCAACUAGUCCUGCUUUGAAUUUUUAAAAACAGCUCAGAUAACCGGGCCAGCAGUGCUUGGCAUGCUGUCAUUUGAUUUAUUACAGAGCCGCGCGGGGUUGGCAGUUUAUUUAGGAAGCUUUUUUUGUUAUAUUUGGGAAAACUAUCACCCCGACAGCAAUCAAGAAAUCGAGUGCUCUGACAAAAAAGGGAAAUUUAAUAAUCUGUAGCUGCCAGGGGCCUGUGAAAAAUCAGUCUCAAAAUAGCCAAACACAAUUCUGAUGUAGUAAUAUUUUUCAUAGUGUUUAAAAGUAUGUCAGUGGAAGUUCAGUGGAGGUCAAGGUCACCUCUUGGUCACCUGGCUUGAAGGUUGUGGAGCUGGCCAUCAUUUAAAACCAAGUUUGGCUCCAUAUAAGUUUACAAGUUUACAACACACCAUCCUCUUUCUCACUGAGCUGAUGCUGCAUUAAAGGGAUAUUCCGGCAUGAAACUAAUGUAGGGUCAAACACACCGUAACACCGAGUUAGACACCCCCUCGAGAGAUGAAUUUUGCCAACCACUUGUUUCUCUAGUUUUACCAACUUCUGUAAUGACCGCAUGAUAGCAAUACACAGUGGUCUGAGGAGCCAUAAACAAGCCCCGAUCAAAACGCCACUCUAUAGCCACAAAUAAUGCUCAGAACAGCACCUAACUUCAUCAACAGUACAUAUACGGUCCUAGCCACCAAACAUCUUUUUAGCUUUGCCUAAUUUCUUUAGCAAAGAGACUAAACACAACUCACCCAGGAUUUCCACCACAUCCAGAACAGCAGUGAUUUUCGCCGUACGCCAAUUCCUACUGGAUCCGUUUGUGAGGCGAAUUUCGUGGCGGAUGACGGACAGCAGGAAUCGCUAACACUCACAAGAACCUGUGGAUUCACGUGGAAUGGUGCGAUAACAAGUUGUCUUUAUCCACAUUGGCAAACCAUAUAAGCAGUAGAUUGUGUCCACCUCUAGACUUAUAAAAUCAGCAUCCUCUAAUCCAUGGUGUCAUCGGGAUGCUGUCUAAAAACCUUUCACUUGUUCGUCCUGACCGUUUGCAUGGUGUGAAAUACAAUCCGCCCGAAACAUGGAGUGUUUUAUUUUAAAAAGAAGCCGGAUGUUUUAUUUUGUGUCUGUACCCCAACUUUUUUUCCAGCACAGGUUAAUCUGUGCUGAAUUUAUCCUGCGUGCUCCGGCGUCUGGAAAAAAAUCAAACCCUUAUGAUCAGCUGCGGAACAGAAAGAAGCCGGUGGAAAUUGACACCUUUACUUGAAAGGUUACGAUCAGCUACAAUCGGCGGCUACGGCCUUUUUGUAGCCGUUCCGGAUGCGGUGGAAAUUAGGGGUUACCCACUCUAUUCCGGCAGCUGCUUGUUUGUACCGAGACCUCAGGCCAGUCCAUUACCGACUGCUGCGGGGUGACGCAGCUCAAGGAAAAACAUUGAUGAUCAUUACUUUAUCAUUUCCUUGAAGUAAUAAUCACCAUAUUAAUCAUUUUGCUCUGCAAACGCGGUAGUUCUUCUGCCUUACCGUCUCAGUCUGAUUGUAUUUCCAUGAAGAAAUCCUGCGGUCGUUACUAGAGUUGGUAUAACUAGAGAAGCAAGCUGUCGGCAACAUUCACCUCUCGAGGUGGUGUUCUCUUAAAUGCCUAUAAAUUGAAUCUGCAGCUCUUAUUCAUGUAAAUAAAAGAAACUGUCAAUUUUAGGCAGAGGACCGAGUGGAUGAACUCUCCAAAGAGCUUCUUCAAACCAGAUAUCGACUCGCAGCCACAGAAGAGGAGAAGAACGGGAAGGAGGAGGAAACGGCAAUGGUAAGGCCGAUGAGACGUGCCUCCAAAUUUCAUAACAGUUUGCAGCGAUUUAAGGUUUUAAGAAGGUUAAAGAUUUCCUCUCCUCUCACAGCUAAAGGACGUGUUUAGGAGAGAGCUGGAGAAAACCGAGCAGGAAGUCAAAAGGUCGUCUGGUAUUAUCGCAGACUACAAACAGGUAAGGGAAAUAAAAGGCAUUUGGGGGAAGGAUGUAUGCUUUAUAAAGGAUUUAUCAAAGAAUACAACAGUGAGUAUUAAUGAAGCUGGUACUCUCUCUUUUGCUCAGAUCUGUUCUCAGCUCACAAACCGUCUGGAGAGGCAGCAGGCCGCCCACAGGGAAGAGUUAGAUUCACUCAAGGUAAAGAAAGCUCUUUCUUCUCAAUUUUGUCUCGCCUCUGCUUUUUAAUGGGCUCCACUUGAGCACCAUGUUGAAGAGUUGUUGUGCAGCCCGACUGAAUUUAGAUAAAGCCCCGGCUGAGCUGAAGUGCGUUGGCACCGAGAGAAUGGCGAAGCUUGAAAGGAUUCAGUCCGAGACCAGAUCAAAUCAAAAUAAAGACCGAGACAUAAUGAGGUCAAGGCGAAUUAAGCUGAAUGAAGACACAAUCCAGGCAAGUUCAUGACCUGCAUAUGACAUGUUGGUGUCACAAACAUAAUGAGGGUGUCGCAUGACUCAGUCAAAACAAAGCAGAGGUCAUUAUUAAGUCAUUAACGAGAUCAGAGACGAGGAAUGGCGGUCCAUUUAAAUCUGAGACAAAGGCGUGACCGAGUUCAGAAUACGACCGGGGCUGAGACGGAUCAAAACAAAGAGCAGAGGGUCAGGUUUAGGGUUAGGCGUGACACUAUCUAGUCAAGACCACGACUUAGACUGAAACCAGGGCGUUGUAAUAUUAAAAAAACAAGGCCAGGGCAGGACCGUCCAGAGAGGCAGCAGGCCGCCUACAGGGAAGAGUUAGAUUCACUUAAGGUAAAGAAAGCUCUUUCUUCUCAAUUUUGUCUCUCCUCUGCUUUUUAAUGGGCGCGACUUGAGCACCAUGUUGAAGAGGAAUGGCAGUCGAUUCAAAUCCAAGACAAAGGCGUGGUCUGACCAAGUUCAGCACAAAACCAGGGCUGAGACAGAUCAAAACAGGGUUAGGCGUGACACUAUCUAGUCAAGCCAAAGACCUGCGCUGCAUUCCAGUUGUGCUCGGAAGUCAGUAUUUCCGAGCACCGAGUCGGAAGUUCAUCUGAAACGUUGGACGAUCCUCGCCAACCCUGACUUGACGACAAAGUAAUUCAAGAUGGCAGCGUAGUGCAUUGACAGUAAUGAAUAAAAGUAAAAGCUCUCAUAAUGUAUCAUUUGUUAGCACUUCUGUUUUGUUUUUGUGAAAUCAAAGUAGUGGGAUCUGUUGUACCGCCCAACGUCUAACUGUGAACACGGUGCUAUGGUGUUUGUGGAGUAAAAUACUAUGUUGUGUGUUUUUACAACUGGUAUCGCUAACAACAACUAACAACAUCUGACAACAGCCAACGACAGCUGAAUAUUGUAAACAACAGUUAGCAACAGGUAACUUAAGCCGUCCAUCUUGGUUUUCCAACUUGUUAACUGGAAUGCCGUCAGCUCAGGUGUAACGUCAUUCCCAGCUCCGACAACUAACUUCUGAGGUCACUGGAACGCAGAGUUAGACUGAAACUACGGCAUUGUAAUAUAUUUUUAAAAAAAAAACAAAUAUAGUGAAAACAAGUCAAGACCAAGUCGAUCUGAAGACCAGAACUUCCACCAGAUCUCUCCACGGGAUGAUUUAUGACUGUCCCUGUACUUGCAGUCUAAAGAGGUCUUGGAUCAGUCAGCUCGGUUGUCCAGCUCUAUAAACAGCGGUCAUUUGUAACAGCAGGUUUCAUUGUUACUCGGUUACUGUAUGUGUUUGCUGAAGACAAGUCUUAAUUUAAGUCUAUUGCUCUUCCUGUCACAGAGUGCAAUAAAAGCUUGCUCCCGCUGCCAACACCUCGUAGAUGAAUUAGAGGAAGCAUCCGCCACAGCUGAGAUCUCUGCGGACGCACAAAGUAGCCAGAGGACCGGACCGGGCCGGGAUGAGAGCCGCCAAAACGACAAAGAGGCAGAGCAGAAUAGAGAUGAGGAGAAAGAGUCUCUUAAGACCCAAAUCAGGGAGCUGGAGCAGGAGCUAGCACAGACCAAACUCCAGAUGGUGGAGGCCAAGUGCAAGAUUCAGGUAAACAUCACAUCACACAGGACGCGUGUUUACCGGGACCUUCCUGUCGUGAAUUCAAAUGAAACACUUCAGCAGCGACAAAGUUUUCCACUCGUGCCUGAAAAUUAUUCCAACUAUACGCCCAACUUUAUUUUAAUACGAAGAGAUCAACUGAACAGGAAUAUUCAUUGAGGUUAGCAACAAAGAAAAACUUUGGCUCAGAGACCCAGUUGAUGUGAAGCAUCCUCAUUAAAUGUGGGCCCAUAUGAGGAUGGGAAAUAGGACAGGAUUCCCUAGAGUCUAGACGUGGGUGGUGAAAGAACAGCAUCCAAGGACUGACUGGCUUGAAGCUGAUUUAAUAAUUUUAUUGCUAAAUUUAAGUGCUGGAAGUAUAUAUUCAAAGUGUGCUUCACUGUGCUGAAAUGUGAUAUUUUUAUUGCAGUAUUUUGGUGCAUUUAGGAGAGCAUUCAAACCGGAUUUUAUUUUGUCUUCACUUCACCGGAAAGCAAGAAAAAAAAGGAUUUGAUCGAAUGUCAUAAGAAGUAGAAUUCGAUCAUAUUCGAUAUUUAAAAGUGUUUUUAAAAGAGGAUUUUUUUUUUAAUCUGAUUAUCUACUUGUUUAAUUCUCAACAGGACCUGGAGCACCAGAGAGGAAUUCUUACUAAUGACCUCCAGGAGGCAAAGAACAACUGGAUCAGUAAGGCCUUCACCUCCCUGAGGACCUCAAGCGGAGGGGGACUUUCCAGCGUGAGCGCACACAGAGAUGGAGCCCCUGCGGCGGGCUGGAACCUGCACAGUGGCUCCCUCUCUGGAUGGAGCGCUAAGAAGCUGUCGUGGCCCCACAGAGACAGCCGGGAAAAGGUCUGA